AUGUGCUACAACCGCUACCUGUCCAUCUGCAAACCCCUGCACUACGGGACCCUCCUGGGCAGCAGAGCUUGUGCCCACAUGGCAGCAGCUGCCUGGGCCAGUGCCUUUCUCAAUGCUCUGCUGCACACAGCCAAUACAUUUUCCCUGCCCCUCUGCAAGGGCAAUGCUAUGGGCCAGUUCUGUGAAAUCCCACAGAUCCUCAAGCUCUCCUGCUCACACUCAAACCUCAGGGAACUGGGACUUCUUGCUGUUGGUGCCUGUUUAAGUUUUGGCUGUUUUGUGUUCAUGGUUUUCUCCUAUGUGCAGAUCUUCAGGGCUGUGCUGAGGAUCCCCUCUGAGCAGGGACGGCACAAAGCCUUUUCCACCUGCCUCCCUCACCUGGCUGUGAUCUCCCUGUUCAUCAGCACAGCCACAUUUGCCUACCUGAAGCCCCCCUCCAUCUCCUCCCCAUCCCUGGAUCUGGCCCUUUCAGUUCUGUACUCGGUGGUGCCUCCAAACUAA